CACUUCAUAGUCACUCUUUUCUCUACACACAUCCUUGUUUCUCUCAACAAAAUCAUGGAUCCUAAAACUCUCUUGUCAGUUACAUUGAUCUGCAUUGUUUUCAUCGGCGUCGUCGGUGGCCAAUCUCCGGCCACCGCGCCGAUCCAUUCUCCUUCUAAAUCUCCAAAAUCCACAUCUCCAGUCAUUUCUCCAACACCUGAAUCCACUCCCACAGCUGAUGCUCCGGUAAAACCACCAGUCGAGGCACCGAAAUCCUCGGCUGACGUGCCGGUCACGUCUCCUCCUUCUCCUACACCUGAGGCUUCUUCUCCUCCUCCGGCUCCUACACCGGAGGCUGAUACACCUUCGUCCCCCGUGCAAGCACCGUCAGCUGUUGACGUUCCCGCUCCAGCUCCGAGCAAACAUAAGAAGACGACCAAGAAGCAUAAGACCGCACCGGCUCCUGGACCAGAUUCGGAGCUUCUAAGCCCACCUGCACCGCCAGGUGAAUCUCCUAGUCCUGGACCAAGCGAUGAUAUGUCCCCAGCCGCCGAUGAUCAGAGCGGAGCAGAAAGAAGAACAAGUGUUGUUGUAAUGCAAAAUGUGAUGGUGGGAGCUGCAGCAAUCGCAUUGUCUCUACUUUGAGAUUUUUUUUGUAGUUGCAAAUCCUAUUUUUGUAUUCAGCAUUUGAUAUACUAUUUGUUUUUAUGUAUACAAUUUAAUAAUUGUUAAAAACAUGCUGUUUUCUGCAAAAUUCAUUUUGAUAAUUGGCUA